ACUUACCAUCUGUUCUUUAUGUACAUCAAAACUCACUGAUCCUGUAGUGUGUGUAACUCAUUCCCCAAAUGCUCGAUUUUUCUUCCCCUCUCGCUAAGCCUUUUUUGUUCUGGGAACAAGUCAUAGCACUUUCGCGUGUUUGCUCUGUUUUUCUCCCUGCUGCAGCCGAAGUGAACCCAGCCAUUUUCCAGCGUCCCCAUCUGCAAAUUGAAAAGCCGCCGGAUCUGCUCUGCUUCUUCCCCCUCUGCCGCCGGCUGCUGCUGGUUUUUCUUGAAGUUGCGUGAAGUUCCCCUGCAAUUCUCCCCGCCGGCUCCUCUUCAUCCCGCCAGCUCCAGCUUUGCUUGUUGAGCAUUUCUGGAUUUAGUGUUAGUCAUGAUUGUAUAUAUAAAGUGAUAAUUUUGUACAUUCACUGGUAACUAUUUGGUAAAGUAAAAGGCUUAGAUUUGA